AUGCCCGACCUCCGGCUUCGCGCGGGAAGGCGCAAUGGCACUAAUGACAAUGACAACAGCAACGACAAGGACAGGGACACAGCAGCAGCAGCCAAAGCCAACAUCUCAGUAGCCAUAUCCACUGAGCAUGAAACCCAGAAAGCUGAGGUCCAGUACAAUGCAGACAAGGGCCGUCCCAAAUUAAGCCCUCUCACCAAAUUGAAAAGCUCUCUGGCCAAACCUCACGGAAAGCGUCGGCACAGCUUCGUCUUUCUCUUGGGCGGGCUGUUUGGCAUAUUCGUCGCUCUGUUCUUCGCAAAUCAGAACGAGGUUAUCAGUCUCGACGCGCUGUUGGACUUGAAUCUCGAUUCUCUGAUCGAUGUCAUUCCCAGUGGUCUUCUGAGCGAUGCCAAGGAGUUUACGAGACAUGAGCGCGAUACCGUUAAUUACGAUUCUUUCUCCGUCGGCCUCUACCUACAGUCACAAGGCAUCCAAGCCAAACAUCCCGUCGUUAUGAUUCCUGGGGUUAUUUCCACGGGCCUCGAGAGCUGGGGAACUGACGCCGAAUCCCGCCAAUACUUCCGCAAGAGACUCUGGGGCAGUUGGAGUAUGAUGCGCGCGUUGGUCAUGGAUAAGGCUUCGUGGAAAAAUCAUAUCAUGCUUGACAGAGACACGGGCUUGGAUCCCCCAAACAUCAAGCUGCGGGCGGCUCAGGGAUUCGAUGCUACGGACUUCUUCAUAACGGGAUAUUGGAUAUGGAAUAAGAUCCUCGAAAACAUGGCGACCAUCGGCUACGACCCCACGAAUGCAUUUUCAGCUGCGUACGACUGGCGGCUGUCGUAUGUCAACCUGGAAACCCGCGACCAGUACUUCAGCCGUCUCCGCUCACACAUCGAGAUGACAGUGAAUGUCAAGAAGGAAAAGAUCACAUUGAUAUCACACAGCAUGGGCUCCCAGGUAGUCAUGCACUUCUUCAAAUGGGUCGAAAACGAGCGACAUGGCAACGGCGGGAAAGACUGGGUCAAUCGUCACAUAGACUCCUGGGUCAACAUCAGCGGCUGCAUGCUCGGCGCCGUCAAAGGACUAACAGCGGUACUAUCUGGCGAAAUGAGAGAUACAGCACAACUCAACGCAUUUGCCGUCUACGGCCUCGAAAGAUUCCUCUCCAAGGAAGAACGAGCCGAAAUUUUCCGCGCCAUGCCCGGCAUCUCAAGCAUGCUCCCCAAAGGCGGCGACGCUGUCUGGGGCAACGAGACAUGGGCACCGGACGACCAGCCCAACUCUCUCAGCUACGGCAGCUUCAUUCGGUUCCGCGAAACCAACUCAUCAUGGACAAGCAAAAACCUAACCAUGGAAAACAGCCUGGAGUACCUCUUCAACCAAAGCGAGCCCUGGUACCGCAACCAAGUAUUCAACAACUAUUCUCACGGCGUGGCGCACACACGCGCCGAAGUGGAAGCAAACGAAGACGAUCCGCGCAAAUGGCUGAAUCCGCUCGAAUCCCGCCUCCCAUUAGCACCGGACAUGAAAAUCUACUGUUUCUACGGGGUCGGCAAGCCCACUGAACGCACGUACUUCUACCAGGAAGAAACCGACCCUCUGACCCGCCUCAACGUUUCUAUCGACACCACCGUCACCGAACCCGGUAGCGGCGGCGCCGACCACGGCGUCGUCCUGGGCGAAGGCGACGGCACCGUCAGCCUGCUGAGCAUGGGGUACAUGUGCUCGCACGGCUGGCGCAUGAAACGCUACAACCCAGCCGGCAUCAAAGUCACCGUCCACGAAAUGCUGCACGAGCCAGACAACUUUUCCACCCGCGGCGGUCCAAAUACUGCAGACCACGUGGAUAUUCUGGGUCGCGCGUCGCUGAAUGAUUUGUUGCUGCGCGUCGCUGGCGGAAAGGGCGAUAUGAUUGAGGAGAAUUAUGUGUCGAACAUCAGGGAAUAUGCGAAGAAAGUCAAGAUUUAUGACGACGAUGAAUGA